AUGUGCUAUGUGGGAAAAGCAACAAAGAUCUUCAUUUUUUUGGUGACAGUGUUGGUAGUGUUCGGGCUGGUUUUCGGAUUAGGGGUUCUCCGCCACGGCCUCCAUAAAUCCCACAAAUGCUCCGCCGAUUCGGACUCCUGCAGCCCUCUCCCCUCCCCACCAAUUCAAUUCCCUAACCCCAGUUCCGGUUCGAACCAGCCGAGCUCACCAAAUCCCGAUCCAACUCUGACCCAGCCCAGCCCACCUAACGCCAAUUUCAACCCGCCUCCGCCGCGCAACCCAGAUUUAAACCCGUCUCCGCCGACGUCAACUUCAAGCCCGCCUCCUCCACCUCCGCCGCCAUCAAUUCUAAGCCCACCUCCGCCAACUCCGCCGACAUCAAUUCUCAGUCCACCUCCGCCAACUCCGCCGACAUCAAUUCUGAGUCCACCUCCCCCAACUCCGCCGCCACCUCCGCCGACAUCAAUUCUGAGUCCACCUCCGCCUAACCCAACUUCCAAUCCGCCAUCUUUUCAGCAGCCUCCGCCAGCUACAAAGGCGGCGCCGCCGUUCAAUCCGCCAAGUGAAGGCCAGGUGACUCCAGGUCCUGCCCGUCUUUAG